AUGUUGCUGCAGCUCUCUAUUGUUGCAAUUUUGUUUCUAUGCCCUGCAUGGGCUGAAAAUUUCUACCAAGACGUGACGGUCACGUUUGGUGACCAGCGAGCUCAGAUACAAGAUGGCGGGCGCGUACUCGUCUUGUCCCUUGACAAAAAUUCAGGUUCUAGAUUUCAAUCCAAGAAUGAAUAUUUAUUCGGAAGGUUUGACGUGCAGCUCAAACUAGUACCUGGAAAUUCUGCUGGCACUGUUACAACAUUCUACUUGACUUCUCAAGGAGCAGGGCACGAUGAAAUUGAUUUCGAGUUUCUUGGAAAUUCAUCAGGACAGCCUUACACGGUUCACACCAACGUUUACUCUCAGGGUAAAGGAAACAAAGAACAACAGUUUCGUCUAUGGUUUGAUCCCACCUCGUCGUUCCACACCUACUCUAUUGUCUGGAACUCGCAACGCAUCAUAUUUUUGGUGGAUAAUAUCCCAAUAAGAGUGUACAACAACGACGAAGCACUUGGUGUUGCAUUCCCAAAGAAUCAAGCAAUGAGAGUUACCGCGAGUCUAUGGAAUGCUGAUGACUGGGCAACACAAGGAGGGCGGGUGAAGACGGACUGGUCCAUGGCUCCAUUUACAGCUUCAUACCGGAAUUUCAAUACUAAUGCUUGUGUUUGGUCAGCUGCAACGUCUACUUCGUCUUGUGGAGGCUCCAAGACUGACUCAGUGAACAAUGUUCAGACAUG